AAUAACUAUUACUACUAGGUUGUUGACCCAAUAAAAGUCACACAAGAAAAAAGCAUCGUUUUUUUCCAAAACUUUUCGGUAUCUUUAUAAAGUAUAUGACUAUUAAAACUUGUAUGAAACUAAAAAAAUAGCAACAGCUAAAAUUCAAAAUAAAUACUUCAGAAAAAAAACUUAAUGUAAUGUCAAUGUUAUUCAAGGAGUAAAACUUCAUCUGAACAUUUAAGAAGCUUAUGGAGCUUAACGGAUACGCUACAAUUGCAAACAAAUUAAACAAAAACUCAUUCGAAUUAAAGUUUUUAGCUUAAUUUUCACCAUUAAUUAUUAGACUUAGUCUUAAAAAAUAUAGUAAAUGUAUAACUAGUGGUCGGUAUCCAACGGAUCUUUACAGAAGUUCUAUUAAAAUACCUAUAAUGCCAAACUGUGGGACUUCUAAUGGUGAAAGGACUUUGGACUCAAAGGAAUUAAUCAACAAGAAAAUCUGUCGCGAUGGAGAACUACUAGUUAAUCAGUUAAAAAAAUCUUCAAAAUCCCAAGACCAGGAUGUUGUUAAUAAAACCUAUGAUUACUAUUCGGCGUUGCCAGACAUUAGUACCCAACAAAAUAAUCGCAAUGACUUGGAAAAAUUCUUUGCUGUUCCUUCAAGUAAUUCGUCCGGAAUAUCACCAUCAUUAUCGGAACUGCUUUUGCGCCAGCCAAAAGCGACUACCCAAUAUUGGCAAACAUCACUGUCCUCAGAAAAAUGUCAAGAACAGGUUUUUCGCAAUCGAAAUGAACUGUUUUCUUGCAUAUACACUAAUAGUAUGCUAAACCAACAGAAUUGCUCUCAGCAACAGCUUUUAGCCACGCAACUAUUUUAUGCUCGACUUUUUCAACCACAGUUAGCAGAACGGGAUUCCGGGUCGGAAAUAUCAAUUGAAAAAACUAUAAAUAUGGUUAAUUUUUCAGGGUUAAAAAAGCCCAUAAUCCGUCAAAAUGAACUCCCACCAACGCCAUCUUCGCAAGAUAAUAAUAACAACAUUGAAUUACUUAAUGACGGCGACGAUUGCUUAAGAUGUGGUGAUCAACCUUCACUUGAAUUUUCUAAUCAAAGCCAAAGCACAAGGCAGGAAAAUAUGCAAGAUUUUGAAAAUUGUAAUCCUGUUUUUAAUAAUGCACCUAACUUUAAGCUCAGUAAGGACGCUAAGUCUGCAGAAGGGUACGACCUACAACACGCUAGUGAAUUUAUACGGGAACAUAAGAACGUACUUUUUGACGUCAAAAAUAGACUAGAACAACUUUCUCUAUUAUCAGCUAAAUUUAGAAAGAGUCUGAGCGUGCGCCUUUGCCACGUCGAUAUGAGUAAUGGUUCUGAAUCAGCCCUUGAAGCGACUGUGGGACGACAACUAGAUGGUAAUUGCAAGUCAAUUGAAAGCGUUUUGGAUCAAGUCAGACGACUUUAUAAUCAAUGGAGCAGCGCUGAGCUCUAUUACCUUCGAAGCUUACAACGCUUAGGACUCACAUCAGCAGAAGGGCCUGAAUUUAGUGCAACGCAAACUCAUAACAUUAUGGCUCUGGCUGCAAUAGCAUUAUCUAAUGAAAAUGAGCUUUUAACUAAGAAAACUACCUGCAUUCAAAUUAACUCUAAAAACUUGGACACUAAAGGCGACUCUGACUUGUUACCUCCUUUAACAAAACCUAAGACCCUGAACGAAAUAGAGGAUAUUAUAUUACAACUAGCUUCAACUAUUAAUAUGCAUCAAUCAUAUAAAGAUAGCACCACACCUGAUGCCUAUAGUGAUAGUGCUAAAAGCGAUUCCGAAGAACCCGUUAUAUCACCGACCUGCUUAUGGCAUACGAAAAAAGGGAGCUUUCGACGUAAAGAGGAGGAAGAGCAUUGCACAACUGCAGCUGAAAUAAUUUUAGAAUAUGCUUCAUUGUCUUCAUCAUGUAAUGCAAACAAAACUCGCGUGCCUGAUACUUCCACCUCUGGGUCAAACUGCACUGAUACUAUUGAGAAUUUUAAUCCCAUAACACAAUCUCCGAUUUUGUUAAAUAACAUCCGAGAAGGUUCCGCUGUGUCAAUCAUUACCGACCCAGCAUUUUUUUCCGAGAUUUCCACUGCACCUUCUACCACCCCGACAAGUAGUAAUAGUGGCUGCUCGACUGGACUGGUUUCUGGAGUUUUAGGAAUAAGUCACAAUCGACGAAAACCAAAGUUCGCCCGGCGCAUCGAAACCCUGACUUCAGAAUCUUGUAAACCUAAUAUUUUUAUGGGAAAUUGCGAUCCGGCAGUCUCCUACCAAGUUAAAAUAUCGCCAUCAAUUACAACAUUGGCUAAAACGUCAGAAAAUUUGUCACCUCCCAUUCAUAAAACCACGUCUUCAAAUAAAGUUGCUGCUGUAAACACAACGCAGGAGCGUUCAAUAGCCAAUAUGUUCAAAGCAAGGCUUAGUGCUUUAACUGCAGAUACUGGACCAACCGAGACUGAGACUGAAAUUUUACCCAUACUUGAUGCUCCAUAUGACUUAAGUAUUGGAACCAAGAUAAAAGACAUAAACUUGGACACAAAAAACUCAUCGAGUACACAAUCCAACGACUCUAAAGAUAGUUCAAACGACAAAAAAAAACCCCAUAUUAAGAAACCACUGAAUGCGUUCAUGCUCUAUAUGAAGGAAAUGCGUGCUAAAGUUGUUGCCGAGUGUACACUGAAAGAAUCGGCUGCUAUUAAUCAAAUUUUGGGGAGACGGUGGCACGAACUUUCCCGCGAAGAGCAAAGCAAAUAUUACGAAAAAGCUCGACAAGAGCGUCAAUUGCAUAUGGAGUUGUAUCCAGGGUGGAGCGCACGAGAUAACUAUGGUUACGUGUCAAAAAAGAAAAAGCGAAAAAAAGACAGAUCGACAACGGAUUCGGGAGGUAAUAAUAUGAAAAAAUGUCGAGCCCGUUUUGGACUGGAUCAACAGAAUCAAUGGUGCAAACCAUGCAGACGCAAAAAGAAAUGCAUUCGUUAUAUGGAAGCUAUGAAUGAAAAUGGACCCACCGAAGACGGGAGCGGUAUUGAUGAUCACGGAAGCCAGCUCAGUGAUGACGACGAUGAUGACUACGAUGAUGAUAAACUGGGCGGAAGUUGUGGAAGCGCUGACGAAACUAAUAAAAUAGAAGAUGACGACACCGAAUCCCUUAACCAAUCCAUGUCUAGCCCAGGCUGUCUUAGUGGAUUGUCCAGUUUACAGAGUCCAUCGACGACAAUGAGCUUGGCAAGCCCAAUUAAUAUGAAUACCAACCCAGCAACUAAUGUUUUGUUCCCUGCCACCUCUAAUGCUCUUUUGAUCGUCAGUGCAGAUCAGCCUACUACACAACAACGGUCCACAUCUACGUCAGGAUCGAGUAGUGGUUCAACUAGUAGCAUAAGCACUACUCCAAAUACCUCAAGUACAGUUUCGCCAGUCACAGCUACGACGGUUCCGCCUCCAAGCUCAGCUCAUGAACGAGCCAUGAUGCUUGGAAAUCGAUUUAGUCACUUGGGAAUGGGGCUAAGUCCUCCAGUAGUUAGCACAGGUAGCAGUAAGCCUGAACCAUUUUUCCAGCCGCAUUCAACAGUUUGUAAUAAUGCAAUAUUUUCAUUGCCGUCGAUUGGUAAUAGUAGUUUAAACCAUUCUCCAUUGCCAAACAUUUCCCGAAACCCCAUAGGUGCUAACCCACGGGAUGUUAAUAAUCCCCUAAGCAUAAAUCAGUUAACUAAAAGACGUGAAUAUCAAAAUGUUGAAUCGGUUAAAGCUACUGACUCACAAACAAUUGUUGCUCAUGCCGCUACGUCCAUUAUUCAUCAUGUGGCAGCCCACGGCUACCGCGCGAACCAUUCGCUUUUAAGUAACAAUUUUAGUCAACAUUUCCAUCAGCAGUUAACUGACCAUAUCGAAACAGCCAAAAGAAGUGAGCCGACAAUCCUGUCAGUAAGUACACAUGCUGUAAACAACAGUGAAUGUCAUAAAGCAUCUGAUCCUCAAGCAAAAGCAUCUAGCAAGACCCCAGGCGCAGGCGCUUCAGAAACUGGCGUCAUUAGCGUUUCAUAACAGAUCGCAUUGGAUCUUUACAUAUAAAUAUUCAUAGUUGUGUGAGAAAAUAAUUCCAAUAAUUAAACGUGCAAUAAUUAUUAUUCUCGAUGUCCCUUCGCCAUCUUCUCAAACGAGAGGCCAUUAAUGUACUAGUGCCAAGAUAAAACCUGCAAUAUUUCUUUUUAAAUAAUUAAUAUGAACAUAACGAUCAUAACAUAGAUCAUAGAAUUUGUGCACAAAUCGUUUACAACAACUCCAAUAGAGGCCAACCAUAAAUAUUUCUUAAGAUAAAACAGAAAUAGACAGACAGACAAUGCCAAAUAGAUCAGAAAAUAAAGAGACAGUAUACACUGAAGCCAACAAUCGAUUAUCAACAUAUCGAAUUUGGUUAAAUUUCAUGUCGAUUAAUGUUUCAUUUAUUAAAUUUAAACAAAAGCGAACCUAUAUAUACAACAUUUUACUAUACAAAAAAUACGGUUUUUA